CCACCAGAAAAAGAGGGUGGCCUGCCUCGUCAGGUAGGCAAUAAGACAGAGUGUGGUCUCUUGGGAUUUGUCCUGGAUUUGAAGCAGGAUUAUGAGCCUGUUCGGAACCUCAUCCCUGAGGAGAAACUCUACAAAGUUUACACCUUCAACUCUGUGAGAAAGUCAAUGAGUACUGUCAUUAAAAUGCCAGAUGGGAGUUUCCGAAUGUACAGCAAGGGAGCUUCUGAAAUUGUUCUGAAGAAAUGUUCCAAGAUCCUUAAUGCAGCCGGUGAACCUCGUGUCUUCAGACCACGUGACCGAGAUGAAAUGGUGAAGAAAGUGAUUGAACCUAUGGCCUGCGAUGGACUGAGAACUAUCUGUGUUGCCUUCCGAGACUUUAACAGCAGCCCAGAGCCUGACUGGGACAAUGAAAAUGACAUAUUAUCUGACCUGACCUGCAUUUGUGUUGUUGGCAUUGAAGACCCAGUAAGGCCAGAGGUAUAUCGAAUUCUUAUGUUAUAAAGCAUUUCUCAGAGAACUGAACAUAAAUGGAACUACAGAUUUCUCACGGUUUUAUCUUUUUUUU